AUGUCUACGUUCUACAUCGAGAACAAGAAUGUCGGAAACAAGGCCGAGAGCGAAGACUGGAGAAUUCGCGGCUACAAUCCUCUGACGCCCCCGGAUCUACUUCAGCAUGAAAUCCCCCAGACUCCGCAGUCGAAGCAGACGGUCCUCCAGGGCCGUGAUGAGGCCGUCGCGAUCGUGAACGGAACCGACGAGAAGCGGAGGCUUCUGGUGGUCAUCGGGCCGUGUUCCAUCCACGACCCAAAGGCUGCGCUUGAGUACUGCGACCUGCUACUGAAAGAGAAGGAGAAGCACAAAGACGAACUCCUCAUUGUCAUGCGCUCCUACCUGGAGAAGCCGCGCACGACGAUCGGAUGGAAGGGGCUCAUCAACGACCCGGAUAUCGACAACAGCUUCAACAUCAACAAAGGUCUCCGCCUUAGCAGGCAGCUAUUCGUCGACCUCACCGCCAAGGGCAUGCCCAUCGCCAGCGAGAUGUUGGAUACCAUCAGCCCGCAGUUCUUGGCCGAUCUGCUCAGCGUUGGUGCCGUCGGCGCCAGGACAACUGAGAGCCAGCUCCACCGCGAGCUGGCCAGCGGCCUGAGCUUCCCCGUGGGCUUCAAGAACGGCACCGACGGGAGUCUUACGGUUGCCGUGGACGCAAUUGGGGCGGUCAAGCACCCCCAUCACUUCCUGUCGGUGACGAAACCCGGAGUGGUCGCCAUUGUGGGUACCGUUGGUAACGAGGACUGCUUCGUGAUUCUGCGUGGCGGCACCAGGGGAACCAACUACGAUGCGCAGAGCAUUGCAGAGGCCAAGGCUGCCUUGCAAAAAGCAGGCCUGCGGCAGCGGCUCAUGGUGGACUGCAGCCACGGCAACUCGCUGAAGAACCACAAGAACCAGCCCAAGGUCGCUGCCACGCUAGCAGAGCAGAUCGAGAAGGGCGAGGAGGGGAUUAUGGGCGUCAUGAUCGAAAGCCACAUCAACGAGGGCAACCAGAAGGUCCCGAAGGAGGGCAAGGAGGGUCUGAAGUACGGUGUCAGCAUUACCGAUGCUUGCAUUGGAUGGGAAGACACUGUCCAGGUCCUGGACCUCCUUGCGAAUGCUGUGAAGAAGCGGCGGGAAGCGCUCAGCGUAAAUGGCAGCGUCUAA